AUGGUGAACUACUAUCGAUAUGAGCCCUCACUAGCUGCCAACAUCCUUUUCGUCGUCAUUUUCGCCCUUUCGUCAGGAGUUCAUCUCUUCCAGAUCUUCAAAACGAGGACCUGGUUUUUCAUACCAUUCCUAGUCGGCUCGCUCUUUGAAACCAUUGGAUUUAUUGGCCGUGCCAUUGGCGCUGAGCAGGCACCGGACUAUACUUUUGGGCCAUAUAUUAUGCAGAGCCUACUACUUCUUCUAGGACCAACGUGCUAUGCUGCGUCAAUCUACAUGAUCCUAGGUCGGCUGAUCGGGAUGUUGAAGGCAGAAAAGCAUUCCUUGAUCAGGCCCAAUUGGUUGACCAAGUUAUUUCUUCUUGGCGACAUCAUCUCAAUUGCGCUUCAAGGCAUCGGUGGUGGAAAGCUCGCCGAUGCCAACACCCCAGACGAAAGGAGGACAGGAGAGAAUAUCAUCAUCGCCGGAUUGACAGUACAAAUUUUGUUCUUUGGCUUGUUCUUCAUUGUGACAGGUCUAUUUCAUUUCCAAUUUCUCAAGGAUCCUACACGUCGAAUGUCCAGUUCUGGAACUAACUGGCAGAGGUCUUUGGGACACGACGGAGAGCUCCAGUCCAAAGAAGUCUACCUUCUCGUCUUGGAUGCUAUCCCGAUGACUAUUGCAAGCAUUAUGUUUAAUGUCUUUCACCCCUCGAAGUUCUUGAAUGCAAGAUCAAAGAAUCUUACCGAUUCAGAGGCCGAUGAACCUCUGGGAUAUUGGCAAGGUCACUCGCUGGGAACGGUCGUGGGCAGAGAGCCAAUCGCUGCUAGCAACCGUUAG